AGGAGAAGAAAUUAAGCAGAUCCCAGCAGGAAGGAGCAGAUGCAGCCAAGGCUAAGACAGACUCUGCUGCAGCCACGCCAUCGGGUCCUGUUGCAGAGACGUUCCGAGUUAUUCAGGGGGCAGUGACUGAAGAGUACGUGAGAAGCACUCAGGGUGUCUUCCAGUUUGAGCUCUCUGGCGAUGGUGGAGGCACUUGGUAUAUUGACCUGAAGACCAAGGGUGGGAACGCUGGCUUCGGAAAGCCUCCUGUGACAGCUGAUGUGGUUAUGAGCAUGUCGAGCGCCGACUUUGUGAAGAUGUUCACAGGUGAGGGACAAAGGCCUUUGUCAAGGGACGCGGGUACCGGGAAAGCCAGAAGAGCUGUCCCAGAAAAGCCUCUGCUGACAGGGGAGUAGAGUGGCUUCUCGCUU